UUUGGGGAGCGAGGGGUUGUACCACGCCAGUGUUGCUAUGGGCCGGAGGAAGGUGCAGGCCAGUGGGUCGCUGGGUCGGGCCCUCAUCCGCCACCAGACUCAGCGGAGCCGCAGCCACCGGCACGCGGACUCCUGGUUGCACACAAGUGAACUCAAUGACGGUUACGACUGGGGCCGUCUCAAUCUUCAGUCAGUGACUGAACAGAGCUCCCUCGAAGACUUUCUCGCAACUGCAGAACUCGCAGGAACAGAGUUCGUAGCUGAAAAGCUGAAUAUUAAGUUUGUGCACCCUGAGGCCAGAGCUGGGCUGCUGUCUUUUGAGGAGAGCCAGAGAAUUCAGAAGCUUCAUGAAGAAAACAGACAGUUCUUGAGCAUACCGAGGAGACCAAUCUGGGAUAAGAAAACUAGCGCAGAAAAACUCAAACAGGCAGAGAAUGAUAACUUCCUAAAAUGGAGACGUGAGCUUGCCCGGCUAGAAGAAGAACAAAAGUUGAUAUUGACUCCGUUUGAACGAAAUUUAGACUUCUGGCGCCAGCUCUGGAGGGUCAUUGAGAGAAGUGAUAUUGUGGUCCAGAUAGUAGAUGCUCGAAACCCGCUCCUGUUUCGCUGUGAGGAUCUGGAAUGUUAUGUGAAAGAGAUCGACACCAACAAAGAGAACGUCCUCCUCAUUAACAAGGCCGACCUCCUGACUGCCGAGCAGCGCAGUGCCUGGGCUGCACACUUUGAAAAAGAGUGUGUGCAGGUUAUUUUCUGGUCAGCUUUGGCAGGAAGCCCUCAGCCAAGUGGGGAUUUUAAGGCGCCAGAGAACAGCGACUCUGGAGAACCCAGCGCAGAAGAGUCUACAGAGUCUGGCUCCGAGGAGGGGACAGCUCCACCUGGUGAACCAGGCCCCCCCUCUCGCGGUGAGGCCACUAGCGAGGAUGAUAGCGAGUACGAGGACUGCCCAGAGGAGGAGGAGGAGGACUGGCACACAUGCUCAGAGGAGGGCAGUGACAUUGAGGAGGAGGCAUGCAGCCAGGACUGGAGAGAGAGUCCUGCAGGCCGAGGGGCUGCAGGUGGGGAAACCCCGCAGAGGAAUCGCCCUCACAACCUCAGCCACCUGGUGUCCAGGCGGGAGCUGCUGGAGCUCUUCAAACAGCUGCACACGGGCAAGAGGGUGAAGGCAGGGCAGCUCACCGUGGGCUUGGUGGGUUACCCUAACGUUGGCAAGAGUUCCACCAUCAACACCAUCCUAGGUAACAAGAAAGUGUCUGUGUCUGCCACGCCCGGCCACACCAAGCAUUUCCAGACCCUGUAUGUGGAGCCCGGCCUCUGCCUCUGUGACUGCCCUGGCCUGGUGAUGCCGUCCUUCGUGUCCACCAAGGCGGAGAUGAUCUGCAGUGGAAUCCUGCCCAUCGACCAGAUGCGAGACCACGUUCCUCCUGUGUCACUUGUUUGCCAGAACAUUCCCCGGCGAGUGCUGGAAGCCACCUACGGCAUUAGCAUCCCAAAGCCCAGGGAAGAUGAAGAUCCUCACCGGCCUCCAACCUCAGAAGAAUUGUUGACAGCAUAUGGGUCCAUGCGAGGAUUCAUGACAGCACAUGGCCAGCCAGAUGAGCCUCGCUCCGCACGCUACAUCCUGAAGGACUAUGUUAGAGGUAAACUGCUGCACUGCCACCCUCCUCCCGGAAUGGACCCUGUGACAUUUCAGUAUCAACACCAGCGAACCCUGGAGGACAAGGCGAUCAGUGCUGAAAUAACACAGCCAAGCAGAAACAAAAAAGAGGAGCAUAUUGAAAAUGUAGUUGACAAAAUAUUUUUCCAUCAAUUUCUAGAUCGGAUCCCUUGGGGGUACCCUGCCGCCACCUCUCACCACAUGUCUGUUUUCCAGGAGAACGUGAGGGCACUGACCAGAGGGGUCCAGGCCGUGAUGGGUUACCAGCCUGGCAGCGGCCUGGUGACUACAGCCACUGUGAGCUCCAAGAAUGUGGCGGGGAAGCCCUGGAAAAAACAUGGCAACAGGAACAAGAAGGAGAAGAGCCGUAGGCUCUACAAGCACCUGGACAUGUGACCCCAGUUGGGUGAGAAAGAGGGCACCUGUGUGGCACAGGUGCAGGAGCACCACUCAGGCUGUGGACUGUUCCAGGAUGGGCACCCACCAGCCUGCUCUGCAGGAGCACAAUCACAUGCACAAACUUGGUGCCAGGAUUGUGCUGCAGGGAUGCUGGUUUUGACCACAGUAGUCAGGGAGCCCUGAAGCAGCUCCUAUGGAGGGCAGAACUCAGAAUGAAGCCGGAUGACGUGAUCUCUGCAGAUGCACACAUGCACAGGGGUUCAUGAAUCAGGAGAAGUUUGAAGAGAUUAAAAUUAAAUUGCUUCUGGGCCGGGCAAAUAGCUCAGUAGAAUAAGUGCUUGCCUGA